UUUCUACUCUCUUUAGAUGAAUCUACAAUUUCCGUAUGCCUAUUGUUGAACUGGUGCUACAGCGAAGAUAACUUUUUGACAAAUUAUUCAUUUAAUUAAACAGAUGACAUUUCAUUCCUCUUACAUUUCGCCACAUCAUGCGAUCAUAGAUCUCGUGUGUGUGAUCUCGCCGAAAUCAAAACAUUUUACAGAAAUAACUGUACCUUCGGUGGAUAAAUAGUUUAGCAUUUUUCAGUUGAUAAGCUAACGACGGCCAGCAGGGACGACACUGGCAAUCAAAGUGCAGAAGGAAGUAGAUCAGUUAGUUGCAAGAUUGACUGUGGGAUGCAAGCUACGUUUCGGAAAGAAAUAAGUGUUAAUACGUAUUAUAACGUAUUUAGCUGUCAACGAAGUUAAAAAUUUCCGAUAACACGUGCACAGAUACGUAUUUCAUCUGAUUUUGGCAUUUUAAUUGCGUCGUUACUCGUAGCGAAAACUGUUCAAAUUGAGUGAUUUGUUAUGUGAUUAUUAUUCAUUUAUUUAUGUUACCAUAAUAGUUUAGGUUAAUAGUUUUUAUGAAAUCUAUGCGUGAAGGACGAGGGAUUAGAGUUAAAAUAUUUCCUAAACUAAUCAUUGUCGGCGUUAUUUUAUAGAGGAUAAAGAACUGCAUUGACUGGGAAAUAAAAAUGAUAUUUCAUUUAAAAAAUAGGCAAAGUUGAUCUUCAUGUUACAAGUUGACCUCCAUUUCCAAAACGACCAGUGACUACAGAUUAUAAUCAUUGACUAAAAAUAGCUAGAUAGUCGGUGCUUUAAUACGAUCUCUCUCAGCAUCGUUCAACUUCGAUCUGAAUAUUUUGACAGCCACGAAACGAAACAUUUAUUUUGCUUCAAAGCAAUCAACGUUAUCUGUUGGCAACUAUCAGUAAAUGAUACUGAUUGCAAAUCUUCAAGCGAGCAUUAUUUACUAUAUUUUACACUUUACGCGACAAUCAGUUCUAACAAUUGAAGUUCUUAAGAAGUUUGGCGCAACAUGGACUAUUUUCAACUCCUCUGCAGCAUCGCCACCCUAUUCCUCGCUGUCUACUAUUACUACACGUCGACUUACAGCUUCUGGAAAAGACUCGACAUACCCGGACCGAAACCGACGUUGUUCUUCGGCAACUUCUUGGACAUCGUCGUCAAAAAAAUAUCGGUGGCCGAUUAUAUAAAGAAAUGGUACAAUCAUUACAAGAACGAGCCACUCUUCGGCGUAUACGCAGGAACAUCGCCACUUCUUUUCGUCAAUGAUCUGGACAUGAUCAAAAGUGUUCUGAUCAAGGAUUUCGCUUUAUUCGCCGACCGUGGACUCACUGUAUAUGAAAAGAUAGAACCACUGAGCCAAAAUCUCUUCAUGCUGGAAGCCGAGAAAUGGCGGCCGCUGAGGGCGAAACUGUCGCCGGUAUUCACAUCCGGCAAGCUGAAAGACAUGUUUCCGCUGAUAGCCGACUGCGCGAAAAAUUUGAAAACGUACCUGGAUAAACUGGUGGAGAGGGGCGAGCCAGUGAACUGUCGCGACAUGGCCGGUAAAUACACGACAGACGCGAUCGGCACCUGCGCCUUCGGGCUCGAGAUCAAUUCCCUCGGGAACGAGAACUGCGAAUUUCGUAAAAUGGCCACACGAAUGUUUCAACCUUCGUUGAAACAGGCGAUCCGCGACGUCUGCCGGGAAUUUACACCAUCGUUGUACAAGUUGAUCGGCCCUUAUCUCCAAAUAAAGGAGAUCGACGAUUUUUACAUAAAUCUGUUCACCAGCACGAUGAGGUACAGAGAGGAGAAUAACGUGGUCAGACCAGACUUUGUCCACCUGCUGAUGCAACUGAAGAAGCAGCAGAAUAAGUUUGACAAUAUAGAACUGACAGAUUUGCUGCUUACCGCGCAAGCCACGGUUUUCUUCAUUGGGGGAUUCGAGACCAGUUCCUCGACGAUGGCACACGCGCUCUACGAGUUAGCACAGAACCAGGAAGUACAAGACAAAUUACGAGAGGAAAUUAGAAACGUUUACAGCAAAAAUAACGGAGCUCUGACAUACGCGGAUAUCAAAGGAAUGAAGUACUUGGACAAGGUGUUCAAAGAAUCGCUAAGAAAGUAUCCGGUGCUGCCCAUGCUUAAUAGACAAGCGCUGGAAAAUUACACGUUCGCAGGAACGAAGUUCAGCAUACCGGUAGGGACGAAAUUGUCAAUACCCGUGUACGGAAUUCAUACCGAUCCGGAUAUCUAUCCGGAACCAGAGAAAUUCGAUCCGGAAAGAUUCGAGGAGGAUGCUGUCGCAGCUAGACACCCUAUGAGCUAUCUGGCUUUCGGCGACGGGCCGAGAAACUGCGUCGGUGCCCGUUUUGCACAUUAUCAAAGCAAGGUCGGACUUGCAACCAUCCUCGGCAACUACAAAGUCGAUGUCUGCGAGAAAACCACGAUUCCAUUUGAAACAGAUAAGGGUGUCCCUUUCUUAACGGUCAAGGGAGGAGUGCACUUGAAAAUUUCUAGGGCAUAAAAUCAUUGCAAACAUGAUUGUACAUUGAAACCAAAUAGUCGUUAAAAAGGUACACUGAAUGAUGUUAAAAAAUGAUUGAUUAAAACUGUGUCAACUGAA